ACACAUUACCCGCAAAAAUUUUAAAAGUUCCCGCGUUUUCCAUUUUCCCUUAAAAAUCCUCUCUUCUUCCCGCCGCUUUCGAUCUUAUGUAGUAAAUCUUCCAGUUCAUUCCCCCUCCGAUUCCAAUCGCGGCUCCUCCCUUUCUUUCUCCGCUUCUCGAAUCUGCAUCUGAAACCGAUGAGAAUGGGGAAGCAGACCAAGGCUAGAAAAGCUGAGGCCGCCGGCAAGGGGAUUGGUAACGUAACCCCUAUUCAGGUCGCCUUCAUUGUUGAUAAAUAUCUUUCUGAUAACAAUUACGCUGAAACGCGUACUGUUUUUAGAGUUGAAGCUUCAUCGCUCAUUGCAAAAUCUCCCAUACAAGAGGCUCCGAAGAGCUUGCUCAGCUUAGAGGCGAUGUUAGAUGAAUACAUCAGUUUGAAAGAACAAAAGGUGAUUUUGGAUCAAGAAAGAAGCUAUUUGGAACAAGAGAAGAUUCGCGUCCACACUCUUCUACAGGGUAUGCAGACUGUUAUGGGUGCUUAUAAUGCCAGUGGAAGGUCUUCAACGCCUUCAAUUUCAGCUGCUCCAAAUAAAGUUGUAGCUGUUGGUCAAUCUGAUCCAUCUGAAUCUCCCGCAGGCUGUCCCAUGAACAUUACGCAACCUAUUCGUCCAGAGGUCACACCUCGGAACACCAAUGGCGGGUCUCAAAGUUUCGUAACACCCGUUAAUAAUGACAUGGAAGCAAAUAAGAGGAAAAGCUCCAAAGCUUCCAUUGUUGUUCCUCCAGCUUCUAAGAGAGCUCGAAAUAAAGUAUCUUCCAGGAAGUCAGCUAGCAAAGAUACUGAUGCACUUUCCCAAUCAACUGUAGCUGGCAAUGUUCAAUCAACUGUCCAGCAUUCUAAUGAAACUCAGUCAUCAUCUCCUAGAUGCACCCCCAAUGUAUCUGUUGUUCAAGGAUCGAGUGUUGUAAAAUGUUUGUUCAACCAACCUUCAUUCUCUAUUCCAAUCAACUCUUCCGGUCCAAAGACUCCCCCCCGUGCAAAUUCUUGUGAAAGCGACAAGUCUACAUCUCCACAUGAGAUUUCCUCUGCUGCUGAUUGCAGUAACAACAAUACUCCGCAAGACGUUAGUCCUACUUGCUGCACUGUAAUUUCAUCAAAAAGAGUGACAAUCAGUCCUUACAAGCAAGUUGCUUACUAUUCUGUAGAGAGGAACCACAGCAUUUUAUCUCCUUCCCCUGUCAAGACAAACUCUAAAAGGCAGGGAAAGAGAGAACACGUGAAGGGACGUCUAGAUUUUGAUGUCUCAGAUGUACCCAUGAGCUCUGACAAGGAGACUGAAAAUGAUAUUUAUGCAUCCGAGACCGAAAAGCAAUUAGACAUUUUUGACAUUGAAUUGCCUUCUCUUGAUGUUUUUGGAGGAGACUUCUCUUUUACUGAAAUGUUGGCUGAUUUGGAUAUGGAUUGUGAAGUAGUUGGCUGUUCAUCCGUCCCAACUUUGGGGGCUUCUAUAGACACUCUCUCUGGGUCAUCUCAUGAGUCCAUGGACUGUAACGUGGGGACUGAUCAAAUGAUGUCAGAAUAUUCAUCAACUGUGACACAAAUUUUAUCUGGAAAAAAUACAAAUACAGAAGGCAUGGAUUCUUUGACUGCAGUGAAGUCCACGACAAAAUGCAUAAGAAUUUUAAGCCCAGCCAAAAAAUUGUAGUUCCUCAAAUCUGUGAUCAACAUAACUCUGCCGCUUGACUAGGGACGACUGAAGCCGACGAGAAACUUACUCUUAACUUAAGAAAUAACUACAUUUUCACUUCCAGAAAGUUGGGUGGUAAGAUUCAAUUACCAUUCAUCUGUAGUAUUUAGUUCCAUCCUCAAGAUAUUCCUUUCCCCAUGCUGGAAAUACUAAUGGAAUGAUUUGCAUCUGCUAGAGUAAUUUGGUCAUGCUUUACAUUCUAUAGUUUGAAAUAUGAGAUGUAAAUUCCCCCACAGAGCGUUCUGGUGAAAUUGUAUAAAUGCAGUACAUAUGUUAGGACAUUUCUUUGAUAUUUCCCGGAGUGAAUGACAAUAUAGACUUUGGAACAGGAA